UGGUAGCUGUUAUAGCUGGUAGCAUAACACAGACCAGGGAACAUCUUAUACUUGUUAAACAGAUUGGAGUAGAAAAUAUUGUAGUUUUCAUCAAUAAAGCUGAUGCAGCAGACAAAGAAGUAAUUGAUCUAGUAGAGAUGGAGCUUCGGGAAUUGAUGACAGAGAUAGGGUUCAGUGGGGAUACGAUUCCUAUUGUAGUGGGGUCAGCAUUGUGUGCUUUAGAGGACAAGAAUCCAGAUAUUGGCCGAGAUGCUGUCUUAAAACUUUUAGAUAUUAUUGAUGAAAGUAUCCCUAACCCAAUCCGAGACUUGGAUAAGCCUUUUAUGCUGCCUUUGGAAAAUGUCUACUCUAUUCCAGGUCGUGGAACGGUUGUGACUGGCCGUUUAGAACGAGGAAUUAUCAAAAAAGGAAUGGAAUGUGAAAUUAUUGGCUACAACAAUUACUUCAAAUCGACAAUAACAGGAAUUGAAAUGUUUCAUCAAAUCUUAGAAGAAUCACGAGCUGGAGAUCAGUUAGGAGCUUUAAUUCGAGGGAUCAAACGUGAUGAAGUUCGACGAGGAAUGGUACUAUGCAAACCAGGAUCUGUGAAGGCACAUGACCAUUUUGAAGCCCAGGUCUAUGUUCUAAGCAAAGAAGAAGGAGGUCGACCUAGACCGUUUAUGAGCUAUUUUCAACCUCAGAUGUUUUCAAAAACAUGGGAUUGUGCUGCACAAUUAUAUAUUAAAGGAAAAGAAAUGGUGAUGCCUGGAGAAGAUGCUACACUUGAACUAAAGCUGUUAAAGCCCAUGGUAAUGGAACAAGGUCAAAGGUUCACCUUACGAGAUGGUCAGGUCACUUUGGGGACUGGUGUUGUAACCAAAGUUCUGACAGACUUAAACCCACAGGAACGUGUAGAUUUGGAGAAAGGUCAUAAGAAGAAAAAGGACAAAGACAGUGAAUAAGAGAGUACUAGUGUGUGUGUG